GCAGCUCAUCGUCUCAUUCAAGUGUCCAACUUUUGUCGAAGCGGUCAUACAAAACGGCAGUCGGACGGUUUCUCGCUCACAGUUUACUCUCUCUCGCUCUCUCCGUUGGCGUUCCGUUCGGCUCUCUGCUUACGCCUGUGCUGGUGGCUGGUGGAGCGGCCGGGGAGACACACACAGAACGCGGCUGGGCGGUCAAUAGAGCGCCUACCUACACGCCUAUAAAAAGACUUCGCCCGUCCCGAGCACUGUGGAACAGAGGUUUUGGGUUUUCGAAUAACCGUUAGCAGAGCCAGCCCCAGUGAACCGUUGACAGCAGGAUGAAGGACACGAAAGCGGCGCGCGCAAUUAGCGAGUCCUCAACCACGUCCGAUAACACCUCCGACUUCAUCGAUAUCGUGAAGCGGUACGACGUGGUCUACAACAACCACAAUCCGGACUACAAGAACGUGGAAGUAAAGCUGAAGGUGUGGACGCAAAUCGCGGACGAGAUUGGGCUGUCAGUGGAAGCCUCAAAGCGAAAAUGGAAGAACUUACGCGACAGUUACACAAAAUAUCUGCGCUCCUUUCGAGUGGGCACCAAAACCUCCAAGAAAUACCAGUAUUGGGCCCAUGCCGAUCACAUGGAGUUCCUGAAGCCCUUUCAGGGACCGGGCAGAAACUCCGCCAACGGCAAUGGAAAGUCAAAUGAUGAGGACGACACCGAAUGCGACUUUGGCUACCAAGUUCUGGCCAAGGCGACUAGCAACGCAGGCGAGGAUGAGCUGAAAAUUACCAUAGCCACUGCAUCGGCCAGUUGCUCGGCUCUGAGCACGAACACGGUGAACACCUACACGACGGCCGUGACCAGCACAGGAGCACCCACACUAACGCCCAGCCUGGGCGUGGCUACUCCACCGAAUCUGAUCUCCCCUGGCAGCAACAUAGGAAUGGGUCCCCAGAACCAUAACAGCAACAGCAAUGGCAGCCUCAACUGUGCCGCAGUGGCUCCUCUCAGUGCCCUGACGCCGCCUGCCACCACGAAUUCCAAUAGCGCCGUUGUCCUGCCCCUGCCCGCCACCGUUAGCAAAGCCAACUCCAACGCCAAUGCCCUGGCCUCUCUGGCCUCUCAUCUGCCCCUUGGCAUGGGCGUGGGUGUGGGUGGACUGGCACAGCAGAUGUUCCCACUGGCCACGCUAAAGGCGGCUGCGGCCGCUGCCGGAAUUCCGCUGCCUCCCACUGUCACGCCUCCCAGCUGCAGCAACGCCAGCAACAGUAACGUGGGCUGCCUGAUCAUCGAGCCGCAUCUGUUCGCGGCUGCCGACAACUUCAAGAAGGAGCUGAACGCAGCUGCUGCGGCCGGAGCACCGCUCGGUCUCUUCCAGAACUUGGCCAAUCAGGUCCAGAACGCAAACAACCUAAGCCUGAGCCGCCUGAAUGGCAGCAAUGGACUCCUGGGCAAUCCCACACCACCACCUCCACCCCCGCCCGUUACAAACGCAACGAAGGUGCGACGCGUCCAGCCCUCUCCCCAGACAGCGGCCAUCAAUUUAAGUUGCUCGGCCCCGCCCAGCCAGCAGCCGACUCAAGCCAAGAUGCGCAAGAUCAGCGAUCCCCGUUUCCCCAGCGACUGGGAUGUGUCCGCCGUGUUGCAGGCCAACCGCGAGCUAGACGCCAACACUCUCUUCUUCCUGAGUCUGGCGCGACAGGUGCGUGCCAUGCCCAUGAAGUUCCAGUCGCUGGCCAAGAUGCGUUGCAUGCGCAUCGUGAGCGACAUCGAGCUGGAGCUGGAAAACUAUGACUGCAACGGGGGAGCGCCGCCCGACGAGACGGUCGCAGCCAACAUGAAGUACUGCAGCAUGGACACUCCGCCACCUCCGCCCCAGGACGGAUCCAUGAUGAUGGCCCCGCAUUCUAUGGCCCCCGAGGGUUCCACGGAACACUUUGUGUACGUUAUGUCCCCCUCGCGGGUGGAGAGCAUGAUCGACAUAUCCUCCGACGAGGAGACCACAAUGAACGGUUGUAAUCACACCUCAGCAAACACCAAAUGUCCCGUCAACUGGUAGCACGGUUUCCACUGAAGCUGUAAGGACACUUCAGGACCCAAGAUGCCAGCAAAGCAAGUACCAGGUGAACAGGUGCGUCUCUUCGAUGCGGACGGCUGUGCCAUCGAACUCAAGGCUCAGCUCGCUGACUCCCCUGCUGGAUAUCACCGGUCUUUACCAAGAUCGUCGCGUUCACCCUUUGAAUGGAAUUCAUUCAAACAUCUGGAUCCUAGACAUGCAAGAUAUAAAAAGUCCAAAUGCUUCUAAUUGAUAUACAUAGUGGUAUAAUUAAAGAUAAAUUGUACAUAAAUACACGCCA